AUGAGGCGAGUCGGAGAUGGGGGGCUCUCGGUGAUGCUUCUUCUGGCUCUGGUGGUCGGACAGGGGGGGUGCUCGACGAAGGCAUGCCCCACACACUGCACUUGCCUGGGGACCGUGGUGGACUGUCACGGCCUGGGGAUCAAAGCGGUACCCAAAAACCUCCCCAAGGGAACCGAGAGACUAGAUCUGAACGGGAACAACCUCACAGUCAUCACCAAGUUUGACUUCUCUGGACUGAAACACCUCCGCGUGCUACAUUUGAUGGAGAACCAGAUCACGAACGUGGAGAGAGGAGCCUUCGACGAUCUGAAGGAGCUGGAGCGACUACGGAUAAACAGGAACCGUCUGACUCAGAUCCCAGAGCUGCUGUUCCAGAAGAACGAAGCUUUGUCAAGACUAGACUUGAGUGAAAACGUGAUCCAGGCCAUUCCCAGGAGAGCGUUCAGAGGAGCCACUGACCUCAAAAACCUUCAGAUGGAUAAGAACCACAUCAGCUGCAUCGAGGAGGGCGCCUUCAGAGCUCUGCGGUCUCUGGAAGUCCUGACUCUGAACAACAACAACAUCACCACGAUCCCGGUGUCCAGCUUUAACCACAUGCCCAAACUGCGCACCUUCCGCCUCCACUCUAACGCCCUGCGCUGCGACUGCCACAUGUCCUGGUUGUCUCCGUGGCUGCGACAGAGACCCUCCCUGGGGCUCUUCACACAGUGCAGUUCCCCCCCGGUCCUGAGGGGGCUCAACCUGGCCGAGCUGCGCAAGAGUGACUUCGCCUGCUCUGGCCAGGGCGUGAGUGCGUUCGUGCAGCCCUGCAGUCUGGCCUCUGGCUCCUGUCCGCCCAUGUGCACCUGCUCCAACAACAUCGUGGACUGUAGAGGAAGAGGCCUCACCGCCAUCCCGGCACAUCUGCCCGAGGCCAUGACCGAGAUUCGUUUGGAGCAAAAUGGGAUAAAGUCGGUCCCUCCCGGAGCCUUCACCUCCUACAAGAAGCUGCAGCGGAUAGAUUUGAGCAACAACCAGAUUUCAGAGAUCGCCCCUGAUGCUUUCCAUGGACUAAAAGCUCUCAACUCACUUGUUUUAUAUGGAAACAAGAUCACUGAGCUGCCGGAGGGAGUGUUUGAUGGACUGUCGUCUCUGGAGCUGCUAUUGCUGAACGCCAACAAGAUCCACUGCGUCCGCGCCUCGGCCUUCAAAGACCUGGAGAACCUGGCUCUGCUCUCACUGUACGACAACAAGAUCCAGAGUGUGGCCAAAGGGACCUUCAACUCUCUGCACAGUAUUCAGACCCUACAUUUGGCCCAGAACCCGUUUGUGUGCGACUGUCACGUGAAGUGGCUGUCCGACUUCCUGCGCGCCAAUCCCAUCGAGACGAGUGGAGCGCGCUGUGCCAGUCCCCGCCGCCUCGCCAACAAGCGCAUCGCCCAGAUCAAGAGCAACAAGUUCAGGUGCUCCGCCAAAGAGCAGUACUACAUUCCAGGCUCGGAGGAUAAGCGGCUGACAUACGAGUGCAACAGUAAACCCGUGUGUCCGUCCAAAUGUCGCUGUGAAGCUAAUGUGGUGGACUGCUCCAACCUGCGCCUCACCCAGUUCCCCCAACACCUGCCCCCAGCCACCGAGGAGCUGCGUCUGAACAACAAUGACCUGUCGGUGCUGGAGGCCACUGGUGCCUUCAAGGGCCUCAAGCAGCUCAAGAAAAUAAACUUGAGCAACAAUAAGAUCUCGGAGAUAGAGGACGGUGCGUUCGAUGGAGCCUCGUCGGUGGUGGAGCUGCACCUCACAGCGAACCACCUGGAGUCUGUGAGAGGGGCCAUGUUCCGAGGGGCCGACGGGCUGCGCAUGCUUAUGCUGAGGAACAAUAAGAUCAGCUGUAUCCACAACGGCAGCUUCACAGGCCUCCCUCACGUUCGCCUCCUGUCUCUGUACGACAACCAGCUCAGCAACAUCCUCCCGGGGGCUUUCGACGCUCUGCCCAACCUCUCCACUCUAAACCUGCUGGCGAAUCCGUUUAAGUGCGACUGUCGGUUGUCGUGGUUCGGGGCGUGGCUUCGGAGCCGGAGAAUUGUCACGGGCAACCCUCGCUGUCAGAGCCCCGCCUUCCUCCGCGAGAUCCCCCUGCAGGACGUGGCGGCCCCGGAUUUUAGAUGUGAAGAAGGGUGGGUGGACGACAGCCUGUGUGGCCCCGGGCCCCUGUGUCCCGCUCACUGCACCUGUGUGGACACUGUGGUCCGCUGCAGCAACAAACACCUACAGACUCUGCCCCGCGGUCUGCCCCGAAACCUCACCGAGCUGUACCUGGAUGGAAACCAGUUCACCAGUGUCCCCAAAGAGCUGGCGUCAUUCAAGUAUCUACAACUUGUAGACUUGAGCAACAACAAGAUCAGCUCUCUGUCUGACGACUCCUUCUCCAACAUGAGCCAGCUGACCACACUGAUCCUCAGUUACAACUCUCUCCGCUGCAUCCCUCCUCAGGCUCUGGGCGGGCUGCGUUCACUCAGGCUGCUCUCUCUCCACGGCAACGAGAUCUCGGAGCUGCAGAAAGGGAUCUUCAGUGACGUGGCCUCGCUCUCUCAUCUUGCGAUAGGGGCCAACCCUCUGUACUGCGACUGCCGCCUGCUGUGGCUGUCGGACUGGGUCAAGAGCGGCUACAAGGAGCCGGGUAUCGCUCGCUGUGCCGGACCCAAGGGCAUGGAGGGGAAACUGCUGCUGACCACUCCUGCCGACCAGUUCCAGUGCAACGGCCCAGUGGAGCAGUGGGUGCAGGUGAAGUGCAGUCCAUGUGUUUCGUCUCCGUGUUUGAACCAGGGACAGUGUCGAGACGAUCACACGCAGGACUACAGCUGCUCCUGUCCCGCCGGCUUCACGGGGAGGCACUGUGAGACCCCGGUGGACCCCUGUGUGAGCGACCCCUGCACUAACGGAGGCACCUGCAUCAGUGACGAGCAAACGGGAGGCUUCAGCUGUGCGUGUGCUUUUGGAUUCCACGGAGCGUUCUGCGAAGUUAACGUGGACGACUGUGAAGACCACGGCUGUGAGAACGGCGCCACCUGUGUGGACGGAGUGGGCAACUACACCUGCAUCUGCGCCCCCAACUACACAGGACUGUUGUGUGAAGAAGACGAGGACAUGUGCGCCCCUGGGAGGAACCUCUGUUUGCACCAGUCCACCUGCAUCAGUUCCCCAAGCGGACCCAGGUGUGUGUGCGCGCCGGGCUGGGUGGGUCCUGACUGUGGCAUCGAUUAUGACGAGUGCAUGAACCACCGCUGUCAGAACGGAGCUCAGUGCGUCGACAAACUCAACGCAUACAGCUGCAUCUGCCCCCAGGAGUUCAGCGGAGACUUCUGUGACGUGCCUUCCUCUCCGGCUCCGUGCGGCUCCGUCCUCUGCCAGAACGGAGCGAGGUGCGUACAGCUCUCUGGCGCCCCCCAGUGUCAGUGUCCCGCAGGAUUCGAGGGCCCGAGCUGCGAGAUCCUCGUCAGCGUCAACUUCAUCGACCGCGACUCGUACGUCCAGCUUCCAGAGGUCUCCAACUGGAGCCAGGCCAACAUCUCCCUCCAGGUGUCGACAGCGGAGGAUAACGGGGUCCUACUUUACAACGGAGACAACGAGCCGAUCGCCGUGGAGCUGCACCAGGGACGUGUGCGAGUGACCUAUGACCCCGGCAACCAGCCCGCCAGCGCCAUCUACAGCGCAGAGACGGUGAAUGACGGCCGCUUCCACACAGUCGAGCUGGUGACGUUUAACCACAUGGUGAAUCUGUCUGUGGACGGAGGAGAGCCGCAGACGCUGGAUAGUCUGAGCCGCGGUCUGAGCCCCGAGACUGAGGCCUCGCUGUAUGUGGGAGGUAUGCCAGAGGAGGUGCUCUCCCCCUCCCUGUCUCUCUCCUCGUCUCCCCUGAACGUGUCCAGUUUUCACGGCUGCAUCAGAAACCUCUACAUCAACCACGAGCUGCAGGACUUUGCUCUGACCCACAUGAAGCCAGGUGUGGUGCCGGGCUGCGAGGCCUGUGCCAAAAUGCCCUGCGCCAACGGAGUCUGCCAGCCUCACGCCGCACAGGGCCCUCAGUGUGUGUGUCAGCAGGGAUGGAGCGGGGAGCUCUGUGAUCAGCCAAUCACAGCAGGCCUCACAGGAAGUGAUGUCGUCACCAAGGCCACGGAGCCCAACCCGUGUGAGAGCAGCAAGUGUGUUAGGGGGCGCUGUGUGGCCCUGGACUCUCAGAUGUACCGCUGUGAGUGUGAGGCGGGUUUCCACGGAGUCCUGUGUAACCAGAAGGGGGCGCCGGCGCCACUGUGCCAGGGUCUGCCCUGUGUGAACGGAGUGUGUGAGCAAACGGAGCGCGGCGACAGCUGCACCUGCGGCGCAGGCUUCACAGGACAGAGCUGCGACAUCGAGUCUCCGUGUCGUGGGGAGCCGGUGCGGGACUUCCACCGGCUGCAGAGAGGAGGCCUGCGCUGCCAGACCGCCAAGCCGUUCUCCUGGGUGGACUGCAGGGGGCGCUGUCAGGCCGGGGCGGAGCUGAGCCUCAACAACACGUCGUUCUGCUGCUCGCCGCUGCGUGUGCGCCGACGCAAGCUCACGUUCGAGUGCGAGGACGGCUCCACGGUGACGCAGGACGUGGAGAAGCCCGUGGAUCCUCCCAGUCCCACCAGUCCCACCAGUCCUCCCAGUCCCACCAGUCCCACCAGUCCUCCCAGUCCCACCAGUCCCACCAGUCCUCCCAGUCCCACCAGUCCCACCAGUCCUCCCAGUCCCACCAGUCCCACCAGUCCUCCCAGUCCCACCAGUCCCACCAGUCCUCCCAGUCCCACCAGUCCCACCAGUCCUCCCAGUCCCACCAGUCCUCCUAGUCCCACCAGUCCCACCAGUCCCACCAGUCCCACCAGUCCCACCAGUCAUCCUAGUCCCACCAGUCCUCCCAGUCCCACCAGUCCCACCAGUCCCACCAGUCCCACCAGUCCCACCAGUCAUCCUAGUCCCACCAGUCCUCCCAGUCCCACCAGUCCUCCCAGUCCCACCAGUCCCACCAGUCCCACUAGUCCUCCUAGUCCCACCAGUCCUCCCAGUCCCACCAGUCCCACCAGUCCCACCAGUCCUCCUAGUCCCACCAGUCCUCCUAGUCCCACCAGUCCCACCAGUCCCACUAGUCCUCCUAGUCCCACCAGUCCCACCAGUCCCACCAGUCCCACCAGUCCUCCCAGUCCCACCAGUCCCACCAGUCCUCCCAGUCCCACCAGUCCCGCCAGUCCCCCCAGUCCUCCCAGUCCUCCCACCGACGUCUCCUUUAAAGUGUGGGGGUCGGACAUUUCUUUAUUCUCCCCGCCCUUCCUCCACCUUCCUCCUGUGUCUCUUCUUCUUCUUCUCUUUCGGGCGACCCGACCGUUGCCGUGGUUCUUGCUCUGCUCUCCCUCUGUGUCCCGCUCGCACUGUGUGAAUGUCAGCCCCCCCACAGCGCCCCCUCCUGCCGAGCGGAGCGCUGCAGCGGCUCAGCACGACGUCCCAUUACUGAUUAAUACCAGCGCUUCAGCGGCGUUCAAUUAA